AUGAAAAUUGCUUUGAUUGCUUUGUUGGCCGGCCUCAGCCUGGUGGCAGUUAAUGCCAGUGUGAUGGAAAUUCCCUCGCCCUUGGAUGAAAUCGAUUUCGAAUAUAUUGCCAAUGAUAUAGCCGAUGAUGUUAUGGACGUUGAUACUCAAUCCUGGGCCGGUUUGUACUUUGUCAUUCACAAAGUUUUGACCACAGUGAAGGGUGUCAAUUGUACCAUCAAAGAGGUGAUUGGCAUUCGUGGUGCUGCCCUUAAAUUCCUCAGUGACAUUCAUGCAUGUGGUGGUGAAGUAUCGCAAAAACUUCAAAAUUUAAUUGAUGCCGUCAAUAAUAUUAUUUCCUCGGCCAAUGAUAUCAUCCAUGUUAAUGAAAAUAUUUGCGGUAACACUGACAGCGAUACCACCACCGAUAGUACCGAUGGAAGCAAAGAUGUUGCUGCCACGACUAUGAUCAGCAAGACCGACUGGAAUUGUUUCUGGAAACUGUUGUUCAAGACUUUGAAGUUGAAGAAUCAAAUUAAACAUGCCAUCUAUUUGAUUAAACAAAUUCCAUCGGUACCCGGUGCCACUGGUGAAUGUGUCACUGAUGCUGCCAACACUUUGUCCAACUACUUCACUCAAUUCCCCAACCGCGUUGUGGAGUGCUCGAAAUUGGUUAGCAAUUAA